AUGGAUCUGAAGAAUGAAAAAUAUAAUGAAUCAUUAACCUAAAUUGAGUUGACUGUUGAGACAAUUACAAACAUUCUUUAUAAUUACGAAUUUUUUAAGAGAAUAUCAGGAUUUUUAAGUUUAAAGGAUGUUUUAACUCUUGGAUAAAGCUGUCGUAUUUUAAAUGAAAUCGUUGAGGUUAUAUGUGAAUAAUUAACAUAUAGAAACAUAAAGAAUUCUUUGGAGAGAUCUAUUAUAAAUUAUUUCUUCAUGAAUAACUUGAAAUGACUCUUGAGUUAAACUACCCAGACAUACAAAAAAGAAGGUAGAUUAGAUUAUAGAAUUUUGACAAUUCUUGUUUUGAUUGGAAGAAUUAACUUAAAAAAAUGAUACUAACUAAGUAAAUUAGAGUUUAAAUAAUUAAUAGAUAGACUUUAAAAUUUCCAUUUAUCCUUUGUGAUGCUGUGUUUCCCAAACCUAUCUUAAAGAGAGAAACUAUAGGGAUACAUUGUGAAUCUGAGUUUCAAAUUAUGUUAGCUUAACGUUUAGAACUAGAACAAAAAGGAUUUGAUAAGUUGUUUGACUUUUAAUUUAUUUAGAAUGAAGUAAUUAUAUAAUAUAAUCUAAUCCUGUAGUUGAUGAAUGAGUUAAAAUAAAAUAAAUUGUAAAUAUUGGCUGAAAUCUAAUAUAAGUUACAACAUAAUGAAAAACUUAAAAAAUAAUUUUUAUAGUAUAGAUGGUGUUUGUAAGAGGAAUCAUAUGAAUUUCAACAAUUAUAUGUAUAAAAAAUGGAUGUAGUAAAUGAAGAAUUUGAAUAAUAAUUGGAACCAUAGAAUGAAGAAUAAAUUUGCAUUUUAAAUUUAAUGGAGGAAUUUUAUACUUCUUUGGAAUGUUAUUUGGAAGGAUUAUAAUAGUAUUUUAGUGUAUUUAUAAAUGCUAAUACCAUAAACAGUAUUGAUUUGCUUAGUGAAUAUGUAAUGUAUUGGUAAGCUUAUAGUAAUGCCAUUAUGGAUUUAUCAACAAUAAUCUUUCCAUUUGAGAAUAUUAUAAAUGAGUUACAUCAAAAUCUAUUCUCAAAAUAUCCUUAAUAUCCAAAGUUUUCAAUUUGGAGGGUGAUGACUAAAAUGUGGAUUAAAUAUGUAAACUUCAAAUUAAUCAAAAGAUAAUUAGAAAUGAAUAACUCUAAGCUAUUUUAAUACAAUGUUUUUUACGUUUACUCUCAGCUCAAAGACAAUAAAUGUUCAAAAAGGAAUUUGAUUAAGGAGUCAAUGAUGAUCUAGAAAGUACUUAAUCAUUUUAAAUUACUUAUGAAAUCUAUGAUAAUUUCUUAUUGAAAUAAAGAAAUAGUUGUAGAGAUUAAUAUUAAAUUGAUACUUCACAUCAAGUUUAUACUGAAAUAGUAGAUCUAUUAAGAAAUUUUAUUAGAUGCAUUUAAGAUAUAUCAAUUAGUGAGGUUAAUCAGUCUAAUUAAUAAUUUAGGUUUCUGUUCAUUGGGUAGGUCAUAAAGAUUGUUGUUAUGAAGAAUUUUAUGAAUAGUUGAGUGAGAAAAUAUAAUAUGAAACCAGUUUUUAUUAUGAUGAGAGCAGAUAAGUAUUUGGAUCAAAUAUUAUAUCUUUUAUCGAGUUUAUUAAGUUUGAUAAGGAGUAAAUUAAUAAUUAAUUAAACCAUUUAUUAGAUUUUUAUAGUAAAUUGUACCUGAACCUCUUAUGUUCAAAAUUGAAAAUCUUUAGAGAGAACACAUUUAUACAUCUUUAUAUUAUUUUUUAGAAGUUUCCUAUUUAUAGAAAUUUGUAUAAACCAAUAAGGAACAAAUCAUUCAAGUUUACAAAACUUCUAAACCUAAAUCUCCAAAAUAAGAGCGUAUAUCAAUAACAUCAUCUUAAAAUAAUGAACAUCUUGAAACAUAAGGAGAUUCUAAUUUAAAUGAUGCUCAAAAAUUCUUUAAUUUAUGUUUAGAAAAUAGCAAUUUAGAUUUGGAGGAUCUAUUAAUCAAAGAGAAAAAUAAACAUUCUUAAGAUCCUUUAUUAGAAAUCAUCAAAGUUGCACUUUCUCAAAUGAAUCUUGAAUAAUUGGCAGUCUUUGAUGAUACAUACUAAUUUGGGAAUUCAUAAGAAUAUCUUGAUUUUAAUAGACCUCCAAGAAUACAUAGAGCAUUUUCAAAUACAAAAUGUAAUUAAUUUAAUAUAUAAAAAAAUAAGUGAAUGCAGAAUAAACUGAAGUUCCAGAAGAAAUUAUUAAAGCUGCAAAAUAAUAUUUAUUAUCCGAACUUUAAUUUUCUAAACUAUAUCAAGUAUUCACUGAAUAUUCCAAUUAUUAUGAUAAAAUGCUAAUAUAAGUUGUAACUAGAGAUAGAGAUGUUGAAUUAAUAAAUAAUGACAGAGAAGUUCCUAGAGUAAAAUUUAUUAAUUUAAUUAUAGAUCUUACCUGAAUAUCUUUAAAGUUUUUAUUAUGUUUCUAAAUUCUUGACUAAUUCUUUACUAGAGGAAAAUAUUGUUGAGGAUCAAGAAGAUGAAUUUGAAGAUCUAGAUUUACCUCCAAGCCUCUCAAAAAAUUCAUCAAAAAAAUUGAAAAGUAUUUUAAUAAUUUUUAAAUAGAAAAUUCCAAUUAAAUUGAAUAUUAUUACUCAGAAGAAGAAGAUGAAAUUAGCUACAACGAUGGUGCUUGA